GUUCUAUUACGUUCCGGACAAUAGUCAGCGCGCCUCAAAACCUUGUCUUUAGCGUUUCAUAUCGCUCCGCGCCCACCCAUCUACCCUUGACUCUCCCCUUGACUACUAGCUGACACGAUGGCGACGAACCUAUACGAAACGCUCGGAUUAGACAGGAAUGCAUCUCCAGAAGACGUACGGAAAGCAUACCGCAAACGUGCGCUGAAGACGCAUCCGGAUAGGCUCUCGCUACAAACAUCUGAAGCAGACAAGGCCACUGCAGCGGAGGAAUUCCGCAAGGUUAAUAACGCAUACGAGGUCUUGAGCGACGAAGAAAAUCGCAAGCUAUACGAUAGACACGGUGUUUGGCCGCCUCCUACUGCACCAGAUCCAGACGCACGAGCGUCGCAGAACUACUACCAAUCUUCAUUCAACCAGCCCUUUUCGGACCCCUUCUUCAGCUCUGGCUUUGGCGGCAGGUCAUUCGCCUUCACAGACCCCUUCGAACUCUUCAGCUCCCUCUUCGGCGAUAUCCACAAUCUCCACCGGGGUUUCUUCGAGGACGAUGACCCAUUCUUCUCCAAUCCGUUUCCGACUUCGUCCUCCCGCUCACCGUUUGGUGACCCGUUCGGCCUCUCCACUCGGUCGCCUUUUGGCUCUCUCUUCGGGCCAGGUCCCAUGUUCUCUGGGCUCCUGGAUUCUCCGAACACCCGUUCGUACAGCCAAGUCAACGAGGCAGUUGGCCGCAGUGGCCAGUGGGUAUCGCAGAGCACUAUGACUCGCAGUAUCAACGGGCGUACAGAACAGAUAACAAAACGUCGCGAUGCACGGGGCAACGAACACGUCGUGUACUCGUCUCCAGACGGCGAACGAUACACGGUCAACGGUGUUGAGCAACCCCUUCCAAUCGCUGCGACACAACCGCCUCCCGCGUACACACGUUCGCUACCGCAGACCAUCACAGCAGGUCCUCCUCCGCAGGCCUCGUCCUACUACAUGCCUCCUCCAGCACAGCCUCAGCUGGUGCAUACGACCUCGCGCCCGCCUACGUACCACACCAACAGCGUGAGUUCGGCGUCGCGCGUCUAUCCAUCGAAGCCUGCGCCAUCGGUUGACCGCGCUCCUGUCCGUCACCGCGAUGCUAUGGACGUCGACUCCCCGACGAGCUUUGGCGACGCACACGCGUCAUCCCUCCAUUCAUACAACUCCGACCGGGACCGGUCCCACCGCAGGGACACGUACAGAGACCCUCAGCACCGGAACUCGCACCAGUCCUCCAGCGACAGUCGGCGCUCCCACCAUGACUACCAACCCGUCCGUGCUGCCACGGCCGACGGGGACGCCCACCGCCACAGCAGCGGCGACAAGCAGCGGCGGCUCGGCGGAUGGUUGAACGCUCUUACGAAGCUGCUGAGGCAUCGCGUUCGGCGCCACGAUACGUCCCACUAGUCGUCAUGAAUCCUUGAACACUCAACAUCACGUAUGACUCCCCGGAUCGAUUUUCUCACUCGCUGUGCCGCUUUCCGUCGCCUUGCUCUCCUCUGCUCUCCGGUGGUGCUGUAUACAUAACGCGCUACCCCUGUAAAACAUCACCAAUUUCUAGCUUCUCAUAGCAUAGCUUGAUUGUAAUGUAUGGUCAUCACUGUAUCGCUCGUUCAGCUCGUCC